AUGACUCCUCCACUGCAAAAGAAUUUCCAUACAGCUAAUCCAGAAACAGAAUCAGCAAUUGAUCGUAGUAUUCCGGAAUUUGAAGCUGCUAAAACCUCGGAUGAAGAUGAAUAUUUUAAAAAUCAUAAACCACCUUCAUAUUUAUCAGAAAUUGAAAAAGAAGUACAAGAAUUUAUCAAUUAUCAUCUUAAUACAACUGGUAAAAGAAUUGCCCUUGUAACAUCUGGUGGUACGACUGUUCCAUUAGAAAAUAACACUGUUAGAUUUAUUGAUAAUUUUAGUGCUGGUACUAGAGGGGCUACCAGUGCUGAAUAUUUCUUGGAGAAUGGAUAUGCUGUUAUAUUUUUACAUAGAGAGUUUUCAUUAUUACCUUAUUCUAGACAUUAUAGUCAUUCAACCAAUUGUUUUUUAGACUUUAUGAUUGAAAAGGAUAAUAAAAUUGAAAUCAAUUCGAAAUUUGCUGAUGAAAUGUUGAUCGUUUUCAGAAAAUAUAAUCAAGCUAGAGAUUCAAAUUCAUUAUUAUUAUUACCUUUCACUACAGUUAAUCAAUAUUUAUAUACUUUGAAAACCAUUUCGGAAAAUUUACAUAUUAUGAAAUCAAAAGCAUUAUUUUAUUUAGCUGCUGCUGUUUCUGAUUUCUUUGUUCCACAAUCAAGAAUGCCCCAACAUAAAAUUCAAAGCUCAGCAACUAAUGAUGGAGAAUUGGUUAUUAGAUUAGCACAAGUUCCUAAAUUUUUAAGUAGAUUAGUUGAUAAUUGGGCUCAAGGUGCUAUGAUUAUAAGUUUUAAAUUGGAAACAGAUAAUAAUAUUUUAAUUAAAAAAGCAACUAGUGCAUUAGAAAGAUAUCAUCAUCAAUUAGUCAUUGGUAACUUGUUACAAACUAGAAAGAAAGAAGUUGUUUUUGUAAGUCCAAAUAACCAUGAAGAAUGGAUUAAACUAUCACCACAAGAAAUUGAGGAUAAUGUUGAAAUAGAAAGUAAAAUGAUUCCAGCAGUUAUAAAAGUUCACGAUGAAUGGAUUAAUAAAAACCAAUAG